AUUGCUCUCAGGGAAAGUCGCUCAUGGCGCGAAGUUAAUGAUUACUCUGCCCGCGCGUUGUGCCACUGUGACACACACCCUCCGUCGUUCACGCGCCCCUUCGGUCGGUGACGCGCAGCAACAUAAAGCGCUUUCCAGCAGACUUGUGGACAGAACCUCUGAUCGCCGGACUGCAGAAGUCUCCUGCUGCCUUGACCGAGCGCCCUGCGCUCCUGAGCGCGCGGGACCUCUGGGAGCGCAGAAGGUGACGCGCGCUGUUUUGACUCGGACAGGAUGGCGGACACGUGGAGCCAAAACGCGUCCUUUUGGAAUCGGACUUCUGGGGGUCGCGAGCGCUUCGGAAGCCUGGAUGACAUCGACGUGCCAGCAGACGGGUCCCCGGGUCUGCGCAUCAUCAUCUCCAUCGUUUACUCGUUGGUUUGCGCAGCCGGGCUGCUGGGGAACCUGUUGGUCUUUUUCCUCAUGAAAGUCCGGCGAGGACGGAAGAAGCGCUCGAGUAUCAACCUGUUCAUCCUCAACUUGGCCGUGACGGACUUUCAGUUCGUGCUGACGCUGCCCUUCUGGGCAGUGGACACGGCCCUGGACUUCAGUUGGCCGUUUGGACACGCCAUGUGUAAGAUCAUCCUGUCCGUCACAGUCAUGAACAUGUACGCCAGCGUCUUCUUUCUGACGGCCAUGAGCGUCACCCGGUACUGGUCCGUGGCGUCUGCCCUCAAGGACCGAACCCGGAGGCGCGUGUGCCCCGUGCGCUGGGUGAUCGCGGGACUCUGGGUCUUCGCCACAGUUGCGACCCUGCCCACAGCCAUCUUCUCCACGGUGAAGAGCGUGGCGGGAGAGCGCCUGUGUCUCUUGGGCUUCCCUGAUGGCCAACAGUCGCUGGCGCUCUACCACCUGCAGAAGAUCCUGGUGGCCUUCGUGUUCCCCAUGCUGAUCGUCUCCGUGUGCUACCUGCUGCUGCUGCGCUUCGUGCGCCUGCGCAGCAUGGUGAACAACAACCAGGUGAAGCGGCGCUCCAGAGUGACCCGGUCUGUCACGAUCGUCGUCCUCUCCUUCUUCAUCUGCUGGAUGCCGAACCACGCCAUCACCUUCUGGGGAGUCCUGGUCAAGUUCAACGUGAUCAACUGGGACAAGACCUACUACAUGGUCCACACUUACAUCCACCCGGUCACCGUGUGCCUGGCGCACACCAACAGCUGCCUCAACCCGGUUCUCUACUGUCUGAUGCGCCGGGAGUUCCGCAAGAAAAUGAAGGACCUGUUUUGGAGGAUGUCUUCACCCUCCGGCAAUAACAGCUGCCACCUUAGACCUUUCUCCGGAACGGUGAGGGCGGAACCCGAGGACACGCAGGUCGUAAUCCCGCUCAACACGGUGGACACUGAGAACUACCGGCUGUCUGUUCUCAUGGACCAAGGGGACACCGGAGAGCUGCCCAGAUGAUCUGAUGAAAAGUGUAAUAUAUUAAAGAAUGAAUAAUGUAAUCAUUUGCGAGGAUGGAGCAGUUCCUGCAGGAGCGCGCAAAAUGCGCAACUCCAGAGCUGUAAACCGACAUCAGAUGUUUUAUGUCUGUCCGACUGAAUGUUCUAUUGUGCGUUAUAAAACGAAUAAAAAUAAGAAAAAGAAUUAAAUUAAACGGUGAAUGUUUAUAUAUAGUGGCUCGAACCUUACCGCCCGGUCGUCAGGGGCUCAACACAAACUGGCACCAUUUUUACGCACGCAGCAACCCGGACCCUACAGUACAAAACAUUUUACACGGGUGACGUAAUCGAAUGGCGUGAUGUAUUGUGUAAAUACUUGACUAUUUGAAUGUUAAAAAAAAAAAAAAAAAAAACCUCGAACCUUAAAAUGUUUUUAAAUAAAGCCAGUGAACUUGAGAUUAAAUGCUUUAUUUCUUUUCUGAUGUGAUCAUCACGAUGAACAUAAUGUGAAAAAAUAUAAUGUUCACUCUUUCGUUCAUAAAUGAUGCUGUGCCACUGAAGAUGUCAACGUAAAUUCUAUAUUGUAAUUCAUUUGUCUUUACAGAAACUGACAAAAUAAAAUGAUCUCAUUCUUGGAUAAUUGUAGAGCAUCACACCUGCGCACACACACACAUGUUGCACCAUCUUUGACUUAAAGCACUCAUCUACUGUAUACUGCAUUACGAGUGCACUCAUACUCAUACUCGUACCAUCAGUUAGCCCAUUGCCAUAAUGCUUUCUCCAGCUUCUCAUCCUUCACUUAACCAUCCAGAACAACUCACCGGCUAACCUUAACCAUGACAUUUUGACAUAACCAAACUCAAAGCUAAUUGUCAUGACCUUGUUGUCUUCACCGUGGGGUCCAGCAAAAGGACCCCACAAAGACAUGAGGGCCACACACUCACGCUAUGAGAAAAAAGUGGUUGGAACUAGUUAAGAAAAUAUAUAUUUUUUUGCAUUUGUUUGUUGAAAUUGUUUUUUUUUUUUCAAAAUGUGUCGUGAAGAAUGUGAAGAAUGGUCGUGAUAAUAUUUUGAUCAAUAAAGAGAACUUGAAAGGAUGCGUGGGCUCAGUAAAUAUAUGAAGUCUAUUAUUCUAAGGACUCAAAGAAAUUCAAAGGUAGGACUUGGGGACUUGACUUGAGAGUUGUGAGAUGACUUGGGACAUUAUUCAGGGCAUGGCUGAAUUGAUUUGGGACUUGAGGAAAGAGAUUUGAGACAUACUUAUGACAACCAAAAUAAAUACUUUGUCCAACUGCUGGAACAAGGACACUUGCCAGCUUUGAAUGUUUUUGGUUUUUUUUUAACUGACAUGUCAAGUUCCAGUCUGAAGUCACCUUUCACCAGCAAUAAAGUAAUGUUGACAUAAAAGAACACAACUGAAAGUUACAACUUAAUAUGUGGAAUAAGAAUUGAUGCGUAAAUAAAAUGCAUAGACAUCUUUGUUUUACUCCCACAAAUCUAACUUUUCCUCAUGACAAUGAAAAUAUUGUUUAAUAUUUAGCAAAGUUUCUUUUGACAGACACAUUUUAAAUAUUUAAAUGUAAAACUGUCAAGACUUCUGGGGUUAAAAAUGUGGCAAAAAUGAGAUAUUUCUCUCCCUCUGCAAGUUUUGCAUGACACAAGGUGAACUGACUCAGAAAUUGACACAGAAACACAGCCAGCCAGUAACAGCUGAGUGAACUUUGUACCAAUCUGAAGGUGGCAGCCUCAUUAUUCUUUUAUCACCUGCAACACACAAGCACUCACACAAAGACAGGAAACACGGUCACCAGUAUGACUUUCAUUGUCAACACAUUGUAAUAAAACCUGCAUAAAAGUGUAAUUACCAGACAUCUGCCACCCUUCAUCUGAUUCUAUGUGGCCUAUUUGUUGUUUAGUACUUAAGAACAUACCUUAAAAUGUAAAGGUAAAAAUGAAACACUCUCAUGUUCACAACACCAACUUAUUAAAAAAAAAUGAGAUAGAUGAGAUACAUUUGUAGCUUCCUGGAGGUUUCAUCUUAUUUCUAUGGUUCUAAGAACACCAAUUACAUUGUUCUGCCACUUUAAUACAAAUGUAAAUUUUGCUCUAUAAGAGCGUAUCAAAUGUAUAUUAAGGGUCUCUCUUUGAAAAUAGUUGCUUCCGGGCCUUAGAACAGAGAACACAGAGUAAUACUAUACUUGAGUACGACACAAAUCAAAUGCUUCAGAGACCGGUGAUGUGCAGAAGUAAAUAUCUCCUGACUAAGAAGAGAAACUGCACAUGUAGCACUAUGUGAAGGCAACUCUUGCUUAUGUACCGUUCAACACAAACCAGCACAAGACUGAUCUGCAUGGAAAUUAAACUAGACCUAUUCCCUCUCCCAGCCCACAUUUGCAAAAUCUAUGACAUGAUUAGAUCAAACGGUUCAUCUAUAAUUCAAAAUUAAAUCAAAUCGUACGCUCCAAACUCUGAAUUAUAAUUCCUGUCAUUUCCUGGUGUGACUUGUUUGUGUCUGCAACAGGAAAAGAUGAAGCCAAUUAUCCACACUGCUGUGUGGCUGCAGGGAUGCCCCCUGUACUUUAUGGCCUGACCUGCAUGCCUGCUGGCCAUUUGAUGCUAUGAGCAGGAUGGCAACUCAAAUAAGAGGCAGAGAACGGCUCAAAUGCACAGCCAUCAAAAUCUGACAGAGAGGUCUCGAGGCUACAUGUCAUAGAGAUACAAAAUACAGAGAUUUAUCCAUUUAUAAGAAUGAGGUAACACAUAGAAGUUUAGAACUUCAUGCAGAGGAUGGAAGAAAGCCUUACCUGUGAUCAGCUGGAACAGGGGAAAGUGUUGGAGACAUGCCUUGUUUCCUGGUGGGAUAGACUUAUAAAGCCACCUGGCACAUGCAGGACCAAGGACAGCGCCAUGGUAAGACACCGUAUUGUGUGAAUAAUUGUGUGAACAUGAAUAAGAUCUAGCUAAAGAUGGCCCUUGCUUUAAUUCUGGUAAGCUGCUCUCCAAGUCUUUCGAUUCGUUAAAUUCCUUAGUGACUCGUUUUGAGUGCUUGAGCUUUAAUUUGGUAUUUCUGCCGUGAGCAUAUAUUGUCUCCCGCUUUUCUUGAAUGUUUUCUCCUUCGUUACACUAGUUUCUGUUAUUAUUUGUCAUCCAUGCUACUUGACAAGUCUCUCCUGGCCGCUGUUUGUUUUGUGCACUAGAUCAUGACUUUUAACAAGCACUUUUUGACGGCUGUGUGUACUUCAGUUCCUGUUUGUAACUGUUGUUUUCUCUCUGUUUCAGGUGUUAUCACUUGGUUCCAAACAUGGUUAUCUUUCACAGUCCUGUGACAUCCUCAGAUCUCCUUUCUGUCGGUCAUUGUGUCCAUAUUUCUUGGCAAAUAAACUUGCUAAUAAAAAUUAUGUUGUCAAAGCCAGACUGGCAGCCAGACUGUUCACCACAGGCCAUUGGGUUCCACUCUCUACGGUUCCUGACACAGAUGGAUGGACGGUGUACACACUGCAGCUGAAGAACCAAUUUCAGUACAUGGAGUUUGGGCCCCUUGGAGAGCCUCAAACCCAUUUUGUCUGAAUAAAUCGCUUUGUACAUUUGUAAGUCUGCAACUGUAAGCAGAGCGCCACAGAAUUACAGACGUAUUUCACAGGAAGUAGCUCUUGAAUUUGACUUGAAGGAAACAACAUAAACCCAUGACAUCAGUCCGUAGCAAUCUGUAGCAAGACGCAGGUGAAUGGAGGAGAUUCGUCUAAUCUCCUGCCUCAUCCAAUACUCACCA